GUAGAUCACAUGAUCCUGGAGACUGGCUCCUUCUGCGCAUGCUCAGCCUACUCUGUGUUGUCAGGCAAAGAAUAACGCAGCGCUAGUAGCUGAGAUCUGCAACAGAUAAACACACAUAUACACACAUUUGGAGCAAACCAGAAUGCGAGAAUCACAUUUAAUACAGCACGACAACGGAGAUUACUUCCUCAUUUUUUAAUUUUGCUCAGACAUUUUAGAGCUUUUUCUGAAAGCAUCACUGUGAACCAGGAGAAGAGAGGAAAAGGAGAAGGAAGAAGAGGAGGAGGAGGAGAAGUAGGCAUCACUGGAGGAAAGUCCAUUGAAGGAGAGGGACUGCAAAGAGCCUGUCCAUCCCUCCAUCUUUUUCGUGAAGUUUUGCCUCCAUACAGAAGCAUCAGAGCUUCCGUCUGAACUAAGCAGUCUGUUCCAUGCCGUUGGGGCGUUCGAUGUGAAAUGGAUGGGAACAGCCCAAGUCUGUCAGAGCUUUAUCUCUAAAUGACUGAUUCAAUGGACAUAAAAGGCCAGUGUUGGACGGAUGAGGAAUCAGAUGGAGAGAAUGAGCCCGAGCAGUUCCUCUAUGGAAUUCAGGGGACUUGUGCGGCCGAUCUGUAUCGCCAUCCCCAACUGGAUGCUGACAUCGAGGCUGUGAAAGACAUUUACACAGACAGUGCCAUAUCAGUCAGAGAAUACGGCACAAUCGACGAUGUGGAUAUCGACCUUCAUAUCAACAUCAGCUUCCUGGAUGAGGAAGUUGCGACAGCAUGGAAGGUCAUUAGGACGGAGCCCAUCAUCCUCCGCCUCCGCUUCUCCCUCUCACAGUACUUGGAUGGACCUGAACCAUCAGUUGAAGUAUUUCAACCCUCUAAUAAAGAUGGAUUCAGUCUCGGACUUCAGCUCAAGAAGAUUCUGAGCACCUUCAUCUCUCAGCAAUGGAAACACCUGAGUAAUGAGUUCCUGAAAGUUCAGCAGGAGAAGAGGCACAGCUGGUUCAAGGCUGGAGGGACGAUAAAGAAGUUCCGUGCAGGCCUCAGCAUCUUCUCCCCCAUCCCUAAAUCUCCCAGUUUCCCGCUGAUCCAGGAGACGGCGCUGAAAGGGAAACUGAACGUGCCUGAGCUCAGAAUGACCCGGCUGAUGAACCGCUCCAUCUCCUGUACCAUGAAGAACCCGAAGGGGGAGCUGUUCAGUUAUCCCCCUAACAGCCAGACUGUGGCAGUCCCGGCGGGCAGGGCCCCGGCGCAGAUUACCACGCGGCAGCUGAUUGAAUUGUUUUUCUCAUCCCAGGCGGGCGGCCACUGCAAGAACAUCCCCACUCUGGAGUACGGUUUCUUAGUGCAGAUAAUGAAGUAUUCUGAGCAGCGCAUCCCGACACUCAACGAGUACUGUGUGGUGUGUGAUGAGCAGCACGUCUUUCAAAACGGCUCCAUGCUCAAGCCUGCUGUGUGCACCAGAGAGCUGUGUGUGUUCUCUUUUUACACAUUGGGAGUCAUGUCAGGGGCAGCUGAAGAGGUGGCUACAGGAGCUGAGGUUGUGGAUCUUUUAGUAGCCAUGUGUAGAGCUGCUCUAGAGUCUCCUCGGAAGAGCAUCAUAUUCGAGCCAUAUCCCUCCGUAGUCGACCCCAAUGACCCCAAAACACUUGCCUUUAACCCUAAGAAGAAAAAUUAUGAAAGACUUCAGAAGGCGCUUGAUAGUGUUAUGUCCAUACGGGAAAUGACCCAGGGUUCCUACCUGGAGAUAAAGAAACAAAUGGAUAAACUGGACCCGCUGGCUCAUCCUCUACUACAGUGGAUAAUAUCCAGUAACAGGUCCCAUAUUGUCAAACUGCCUCUGAGUAGGCAGCUAAAGUUUAUGCACACAUCACAUCAAUUCUUGCUCCUGAGCAGCCCACCGGCCAAAGAAGCUCGGUUUCGGACAGCUAAGAAGCUCUACGGCAGCACCUUUGCAUUUCAUGGUUCUCAUAUCGAGAACUGGCACUCUGUUCUGAGAAAUGGACUAGUCAAUGCCUCCUAUACCAAAUUACAGCUGCAUGGGGCAGCCUAUGGGAAGGGCAUCUAUCUCAGCCCCAUCUCCAGCAUAUCUUUCGGAUAUUCAGGAAUGGGUAAAGGACAACACCGGAUGCCAACUAAAGAUGAACUUGUGCAGCGUUAUAACCGUAUGAACACAAUCCCACAGAGUCGCCCAAUUCAGUCACGAUUCCUACAGAGCCGGAAUCUGAACUGCAUUGCACUUUGUGAAGUGAUCACAUCUAAGGACCUACAAAAACAUGGAAACAUCUGGGUGUGUCCUGUUUCAGACCACGUGUGCACACGCUUCUUUUUUGUAUAUGAAGAUGGCCAGGUAGGAGAUGCAAACAUCAACACCCAGGAGCCUAAGGUGCAGAAGGAGAUCAUGCGUGUGAUUGGCACUCAGAUCUACUCGGGCUGAAAGGGGGGCCUCUGGGGGCCGUCUACAGGGACCCGGCGUUUCAGAACCAGCUGUAGCACCUUAGCUUUUGCUCAGAGUGAAGACGCAGGAGAGCCGAACGUUUUCGAAUCCUCCUCCCUGUCCUCCCCUGUGCUUCUCUUCUGACUUUGUUUUUUCUUCUUUUCCUGGCUUUCAUGAGGAGGUUUGGAUGUACGUCCUCUCCUCUACCCUUUCCGUCCUUCUCCCUGUGCGGUUUGCCUGUUUCGGGGGAAUCUGAGACCAAGCAAACUUCACGUGGAAGUAUUUUAUGGCACGAUGUAAAGAGCUGACUUUUUGGCUCACCGUUUCACAACCAGUGAAUGCUAACGAGGGGACAGAGUUUCACACCACUCAUGGCUCAGACGCUCACCCACAUGCCACCUCCUUCCAGAAAGGUAGAUAAGAUGUCCGAUUGGAUCCCUAAGUCUGUCAAUCAAGCUGAUGUGAACUCACCCAAGCAUGGGCUGCUUCCUUUCUAUCUCUCUAUCCUCGGACACUCGUUUUCAUUUCCUUUCAACCCUGAGCUUAAUAACCGCAUCGUUCCGCCUCUACUCUUCCACUCUUUUUCGUUUAUCACUGGAAAUAUCUAUAAAUACAAAGUAAUUGAAAAAAAAAAAAAACUUUAUUAGAUUUCUUUCUGGUUUCUGGAAAGUAGACGACGGAUCUUCUCGCACACCAUUAUUGCGUUUGUAAAAAAAAAAAAAAAAAACAAUCCUCGCCUUGAUCUGUUUACUUUCAUAUUCUUUGAGUAAUGGCGUAUUAAUAUCCAAGAUGCGGUUAUCUCCGGGGCUGCUGUUGUUCAGCUACUUGUUCUGGUAAAAUCAAUUUCCUUUUCUUUUGUCUCUGGUGCACAGCACGGCAGGAACACGAACGUGAACAUGCACGCAAACGCGCUGGAGAGAUGUUUACCGCAAUUUAUCAGCGGGAGCACGGGUGCCUCUAUUUGACAAAUGAAAUAACAAAAUUUCAUUAUUGCUCAUAUUCAUAGCUAUUCCUUCUAAUCACUGGUUUCUCUAAUUUCAUUAUAUCCUGGGCGGGAAAAAGCUUCCUGACAAGGUCAUUUAACAAAAAUCGAAGAAAUCAAAACCUCAUUUAACGUUCCUGAACAGCUACGGUUAUGGACACAGCCUAUUCCUUAUUACCCGUAGUAUAUAACUGGGUGGAUUGCUUUUCCUCCUCUUUCUCCUCCUCCUCCUCCUCCCCCUCCUCCUCCUUAUCCGGCUGUAUUUCUUUUUGAAAUCUACUCCUUCAGCUUGGUGUGAUUUAUAAAAAUGCCGUGUGUGUGUGUUUCUCCACAUACCGAGGUUGUGUAUUCAGCCAAUGGAGUCUGUGAUCACUUAAACAAACCGUCUCCUACAAACCUAACAACUAACUAACGCACUACGGACUUAACGAAUGUGGACGCUGUACUUGGGGAUUUUAUGGAAUAGAAGCAGGUUGUAAAUAAAAUCUCUGUGUGAACGGCAGACGAUGAAACAGCUUAGUUGUCUUUUGUGUCUUUUACAGGCUCAUUUAUGUUGGCAGAGUACCGUUUCAUUGCUUUUAUUGUGUGUCGAUGAAAGCAUCGGGCACGUGAAAGAAUAAAGAGACCGCGUGCACAUUUUUAGAUAAUGCAGUGUAUUUGGUAUAUAAAGUGACACAGCGAGACUAAAUAGAAGUUAUUGUUAAGGUUUAAAGAGUAGAUAUGGGUUUGAUAUCAGCAUUUACUCAACCCUAUACCUGUCCCACCUUAUUCCUUUUGUUAACUGUUCUUAUCUUAUUGUAAAUAUUACAUUUUCAUAUCGUGUUAUUUUGUCCUCGGAAAGGGAAGAAAAAAAUAUUGAUACAUUUCUGGGUGACUUUCUUGUGUUUUCGUGUUGAUGAAAAGAACCAAAUAAUUCUCUGGUUGUACUGAGACGUAAACACCGCACCUUUAAAUACUCAUAUUUGCCUCACUCGCCCUGUAGAGGGCCUUCUUCCACAACAAUACAACACACACAAACACACACACACACACUCUCUCUCUCUCUCUCUCUCUCUCUCUCUCUCUCUCUCUCUCUCUCUCUCUCUCUCUCUCUCUCUCUCUCUCUCUCUCUCCCCCAAUCCUCCAGUGUGUAUAAUAAGGUCUGCAUGCUGGAGAUGAUUUCGUCUAAACUGUUGCUGCUGCGGUGUUGAUCAUGUCGUCAUCUUGUGACAGCCUCUCUUUUGUAAACAGAUUCUCUUUAGUUCUCUUUAGCGUUCUCAAAAUGGCCGCCAUUAUGAGUCAGCACGGCUGGGCCGAUCUAUGCUUUUGCUGCUUUUCAGAAAUGUUUGGAUUUCAUUUCAUGUUCUUCAAACCUUCUAAAGUCUAUCAGUAGCCAGCGUAAAUACCGAGCCUACAUGAUACACUCAUGGCUUAUUUAGAAUUCAGGAAAAAAAAAAAAAACGCAAUAAUCUUUUGGGUUGUUUGAUACGACCAAAACAUAACAGAACUUCCUGAAGUGAUUUAUUCCUUUUGUACCACACUACAGUUUUACAUUUAUUAAAACAAAAUGUCAUAA